AUGGCGCCCUCCCGCAGGAGCCACGCCGCCGGGCGCGGAGCACUGUGCGCCGCCCUCGCGGGCUGGGCCUUCGCGGCGCAGUGCUUCGUCUCGCCUGGCGCCCGCGGCGCCGCGGGUCCGCGCGCCCUCCGCGGCGGCGCCGAGCUGCGGCGUUUCCCGGGGGCGGCCGAGGAGGCCGCCCAGGACGCCCCGCGCCCGCUGGUCGGCCUCGCGGUCUGCGCCGCCUCCCUCGGCCUCGCGGUGGCGAUGGUGGCCAGCCCGGUGCGCGCGGACGACGAGGUCCAGGACACCCAGAGCACCAUCGCGGGCAAGAUCUCCAGGAAGAAGAAGAAGAGGGAGGCCCAGGUCGCCGAGGCGAAGAAGGAGGAGAGGGUGGCGGCGGCGCCGGCCGGGCAGGAGGCAGGCGGCGGCUUCAGCAUCUCCCUGCCGAGCUUCAGCAUCCCGAACAACUUCGGGGACUCCCCCAAGGCCGUGAAGCCCGCGGACUCCGAGGCGGCGCCUGUGAAGCCUUUCAAGGUUCGGGGGGACAAGGUCUACAUCAACCCUUCGGACGAGUUGGACCUCGACGAGGUGCCCCUCGGCGCGCCCAACCCGCCCCUGCUCGCCGCCUUCCUCUUCGGACCCUCGUUCAUCUACCUCGCCUUCUGGGUCCUGGGCUCCCUGGCUGAGCCUGCCGCGCUCCUCCGGGUGAGCUUCACCGAGGGUAUCCCGCACCACGGCUUCUGCCUCUACGCGCUGGCAGUUCUUGUGCCCCCGCAGCAGCUGACGCGGCUGCGGAGCACCGCUAACUUUGCAGCUGACCCUCUCGCCUUCGUCACGGACUACGGGACGCAGGAGAUCAAGGACAGCCUCGACGCCUACCUCCCCGUGGCCCCGGUGGCGGAGCCCCUGCUCGCCCGCUGGCAGCGCUGCAUCAACGAGCUGAGCGUGGAUUUCAGUGCACCACCGCCCGAGGCCUACGCGCAGCUGUGCUCUGACGGGCUUUGCGUGGCCCAUGGCGGAUGGCCGACCUACGGCCAGCUCCUGGAGGUCCUCACCAGAGGCAUCACGAUUGAUCAUACCAAGGUCUCCGAGGAGAAGCGGAAGCAUUGGUCAGCGCAAUUCCGACGCUGGACUCAGGAAAUAUGGAGCGCUGCGUCGCCCUGUUCCAGGCAGCCCGCGCCGUCCGCGGGAUUCAACGCCACUUCCAUGCGCGCCGAGUGGGAGCAGGUCUGGGCGCCGCCCGACUACACCACUGACGUGAGCGACCACGAGAUCGCUCGCUGGCACGGGUGGGCCCAGCACGUGACCCUUCCUGUCUCUGGAAAGGCCGCGGAUUGGAUUCCUUCGUUUGAAUCCUUUCGCAAAGCCGUGGGCUGCACCAAAGGAGCUGCAGGACUUGACGGGUGGUCAGGCGCCGAGCUCAUCUUCAUCUCGAAGGUGCUCCCCGUCAUGCUCCACGAGCUGUACGACUUGUGGGUCUCCACCGCGCACAUGGCUACCGCCCGCGAUGGCCACCUGCCCGCCGACCUCUCCACCGCGCUGUUCAGCAGGCGCGUUGUCGGAAUCCCGAAGCGGGAUGAGAAUGAGUCCCGACCGAUCUCAGUGGCGUCGACUCUGGCGCGAGCUCGGUUGACGGCAUUGGCUCCGUCCCUGCCGCCCUCCAUGGCUAAUCACUAUACUUGCAAGAUAGGAGUUCCAGUGCCACGCGCAGUUUCCGCAUGGCUCGUUGAAGGAGCUCGAGUGGGCGUUGAACCCGAUCUCACGAGGGCGCACGACACGGUCGAUCAUAGGCUGGCCGCGGCCGCCCUCAAAGCCCAGCAGAACCUCCUCCCGCCCCUGCGCCUCGCCAAUUUCCCAGCCUCCUACUUCGCCGAGCUGGGCCUUAUGUGCCUGGCCCUCAACGCGCAGUGGGGCGUCGAGCUGCGGGCGAGCGCUGACGACGACCCCCGCGUGUUGGAAGUUACGGGCGCGUGCCGCGGGGGCUCUUUGGACUUCUGGGUGACGGGCGGGGCCAGCCUGCACGCGGUCCGCGCGGCCCGGGCCACGAGCCUCACGGAUCAGAAGAAACAUGCCCUGAACAUUUACAUGCGCGGAGCAAUGCAGACGAGGAUUGCCCACAUUUUGAAGAGGGGCGGAUUCGGCUUCAAGUGCGCCGCCAAUUCCCUCCACAGUUCAGGAGAGAUCAACCUCGAAUUACUUCGAAGUGUGGUCAGCUUUGCAGUCAUGUGCCUCACGCUGCGGCGCAUUCUUGCGGGGAGCAGCGGUGUCGGUACCUGCAUUCCGGGGUUGCAAGCGGCUGUGCCCUCAGCGGCCCAGACGGCCAAGUCCUUCGCGGCGGCAGCGGCGAUGAGCGUCGAGACGCCCGACACCCAGAAGGACGAGUUCCGGAAGUACUUGGAAAAGAACGGGAUCAUCAAUCAGCUCACGCGCGUCUUGGUCGGGCUAUACGAGGAGCCCGAGCGGCCCGGCAACGCCGUGGACUACAUCAAGAAGUAUCUGGGUGCGCCCACGGGCGUGGACGUGGAGGAGUUGAGAGCAGAGAACACUGAGUUGAAGGAGGAGAACUCCAAGCUGGAGGCACGCGCCGACAUCAAUUUCCGCUUCUGCUUCGACGGGGCCCGGCGAGGCGAAGGCGAAGGUCGCCGCCCUCUCGGCCCAGCUGCGGGAGCUGCAGGAGGCCCAGGAGGAGUAGCGCGAGCCCUGAGCAACGCCCGCGGCGGCGGCGGCCAGCCCUGGGCAUAGGGUGUGGGGGGCCGAAGCUCCGUCUGGGCACCCGUCGGUGCAUCGGCGGCGCGGCGCGAUCUUCCGGCUCCAUCGGCUUGGGCCCCACUGUGGGCGCUCUCCGCGCUCCCCGGCCGUGCGCCGUAAGUACUGGGCGCCGCGACCGGCGCCAUGGCUCCAGGGGGCCCACGCGCCGAGCAGACCGGGGACGUUCUCGGCGCGGCGCGCGCGCUGGCCCUGGACGCCUGGGCGGACCGCGGGCCGCGAGCGUCUGCGGCGGAGAGCGCCUGCUGCCGCGACCUGCCAGUUCGGCACGAUCGGGACUCGGA